AUGGCCUUCGCCAGCGCGUUUGCGGGGCUCCGGCUGCCGUCAGUCGCCGCGCCCGGCCGCUCGGAGGCAGCGCCGCGGACCGUCACCACGAUGGCCAAGAAGAAAGGCGUGCGGAUGAUCGUGACGCUGGAGUGCACCGAGGCGCGGGCCCUGGGCAAGCCGCCGUCGCGCUACACAACCCAAAAGAACCGCCGCAACACUACUGGACGGUUGGAGCUCAUGAAAUACAACAAAUACCUGCGAAGGCGCACUCUCCACAGGGAGAUCAAGUGA